CAAACUCAACUCAACGUGUUUGUGUCAUGUCUGGAACCAAUUAACCGCGAUAAACGAGGGACCAUUUCACGUUUCUUUGUAAAGUCAUUGGAACAGUUCACGCCUUGACUUGCUGUAGUUGUGCGUGCGCGUGCGCGCGCGUGUUUAGGCGAGAGCGAGAGACGACGCGCCCCUCUGACGCGUAAACAUACGUCCUCCUUCCAUCUUCGUCCUCCUCCUCAGCGGGACACACAUGGGAGGAGACGCUCCCGCUGAAUGCAGAACAACGCUGACACAUUCGCCUGUUGAAGGUUUUUUUUUUUUAAUGUUCCAUCCUUUUCGCUGCAUUUUGGGGUUGAUUUGCACGGACGCGCUGCAGGGACCGUGCGUGUCAUUUAUGUAGUGGAGGAGACACGGGCUGGAUUUUAAAAACCCUCGCCGGACCGAUGAGCUCAUCUCCGUGGUCUUGCGUAUUUACGGGGGCGUUAAGGAUGCGGCUGGUGGACUGGGUCAAGGUACCUGCUGUCUUCGAAUCACACCGGCUUGGUUCGUCGGACUGAUCCCGUCCAAGGCUGUGUGUCCACGAGGACCACUACUGUGCGUUAAUCUUUUAUUUUUUUAUUUUUGUAAUUUUUCCCCUGCACAUUGGAUCCGCCACCUGCAGCAGACAGGAUGGAUAACUAUUCUACUUUGCAACUACAGUGUCUGGAAAUGACCACAAAACGAAAGUUGAUUGGUCGGCUGGUGCCAUGUCGUUGUUUCCGCGGGGAGGAGGAAGUGAUCUCGGUGUUGGACUACUCUCACUGCAGUCUGCAGCAAGUCCCCAAGGAAAUAUUCAGCUUUGAGAGAACUCUGGAGGAGCUGUAUCUGGACGCCAACCAGAUUGAAGAACUACCCAAGCAACUAUUCAACUGCCAGGCCUUGAAGAAGCUGAGCAUGCCUGAUAACGAUUUGUCCAACUUGCCAACCACCAUUGCCGGCCUGGUUAACCUCAAAGAGCUGGACAUCAGUAAAAAUGGUAUUCAAGAGUUUCCAGAUAAUAUCAAAUGCUGUAAAGGCCUGUCAGUGGUCGAGGCCAGUGUCAACCCUAUCACCAAGCUCCCAGAUGGUUUUACACAACUCCUGAAUCUGACUCAACUCUUUUUAAACGAUGCCUUCCUGGAGUACUUGCCCGCAAAUUUUGGCAGACUCUCCAAACUUCGGAUCCUGGAGCUGAGAGAGAACCACCUGAAAACAAUGCCAAAGUCCAUCCAUCGACUGACACAGUUGGAGAGGUUGGAUCUGGGAAGCAAUGAAUUCUCUGAAGUGCCAGAGGUGUUGGAGCAGAUCCACAACCUCAAGGAGCUGUGGAUGGAUAACAACUCUCUACAGUCAAUACCGGGGUCAUUAGGGAAACUUCGCCAGCUGCGCUACUUAGACCUAGCUAAGAAUCGUAUUGAGAAUUUGGACACCGAUGUUUCAGGCUGUGAGGCCUUAGAGGAUCUUUUGCUAUCCUCCAACAUGCUUCAGCACCUCCCUGACUCUAUAGGAAUGUUAAAGAAGCUGACAACACUAAAGGUGGAUGACAACCAGCUGACCUCACUACCAGGCACAAUCGGGAGCGCGAAGCCCAAGCAAGGUCUCAGCUUGCUGGAGGAACUGGACUGUAGCUGUAACGAGCUGGAGUCCCUGCCUCCAACCAUUGGCUACUUGCACAGUCUGAGGACCUUUGCGGCUGAUGAAAACUUUCUGGUAGAACUUCCCCGAGAGAUCGGUAACUGUAAGAAUGUGACGGUGAUGUCGCUGCGCUCCAACAAACUGGAGUUCCUUCCCGAUGAGAUCGGACAGAUGACCAAACUACGGGUCCUAAACCUUAGUGAUAACAGGUUAAAGAAUCUACCGUUCACCUUUACCAAGCUGAAGGACCUGGCAGCUCUCUGGCUUUCUGACAAUCAGUCCAAGGCUCUGAUCCCCCUGCAGACAGAAGCCCACCCUGAAACCAAACAGAAGGUUUUGACCAACUACAUGUUUCCUCAACAACCUCGACAUGAUGAGGAUUAUCAAUCAGACAGCGACAGCUUUAAUCCGACUCUAUGGGAGGAGCAGAGACAACAGAGAAUGACUGUGGCCUUCGACUUUGAGGACAAGAAAGAAGAAGAAGACAACUCCGGGAAGGUCAAGGUGGAGAUAAACCUCAAACGCUACCCAACACCCUAUCCUGAAGAUCUGAAAAACAUGGUCAAGUCAGUGCAAAGUCUUGUGGGUAAAAAUAUCCACACUGGACAUGGGCACCAGCAUCAUCUUAGCACCGGCAGUGCCACCUCAGCAGGAACGAACAUGGAACUUACGCACCACAGCAAUGAACAAUAUGAACCACCAUGGCCCCUCCCUCCUAAAGAGGUAACAGACAGAGAGAUGCAGGACUUCUCUCAGACUCAGUUGAUGGACCAGGGACUGAUGCAUAACUCUGGCAUUGACAUUCCAAAGAGGAAGGACAAAGAGGACCUGACAGAGAGCUCAGAGGACUCAAUGGGCGGCUCACCCAAUGACAUCCGCAUAUCUGACAUGAGGCCCACCCUGGUAGAGCCACCGAUUUACAAACCAAAGGUGGUGCUGCUUGGCAAGGACAAGAAAGAGUCUACGGAUGAGGAGGUGGAUAAGCUCCACUGUCUGAACCACAGUGGCUCCUCAGCCACCUACUCGGACUACUCUCCCUCGCAAGGCUCCUCUGGCUCCUCCAACCCGCCCGCUAACGCACACUCGCACGCACACUCGCACGCACACUCGCACGCACACUCGCAAGCACACUCGCACGCACACUCACAUGCACACACUCAUGCGCACCAACACAACCCUGCCCUACCAGCGCCCAACAAGGAUCAGGCUCUUCAAACACACUGGACCAAUAGGCUGGCCCAGUCUUUCCCCAAACCUAUUGACUCCAAGCCCUUGCUAUCACAAAGAGAAACUCCUCCAUCAGGGACACUGCAGCAACGUGGUGACAGACGUCCACUAAGUGAGCCUUUUGAGUGGUCUGAGGCUCCUCACUAUGACAACACCGGUUUUGAUGCCGAGGAGUCUCCCCUAAACCAUUCAUCCUCUGCUACGAGCCACGGAAACCCACAGCUGGGUUCCAAACCUCGGAGCCAGUCCACACAUGGCCGCCGUCCUCUACUGAGGCAAGAGCGGAUUGUAGGCGUCCCGCUGGAGCUGGACACACAGACGCUGCCCUUUCACAGUAACCAACGCUCCGCCCAUGACAAUGAUCCCCAAGCCUCUGCACAAGCAUCUCAGAAUCCUUGGCAGAAUUGGACCCGCACCCCAAGCCCAUUGGAGGACAGGACAGCGUUUCCGUCCAAAUUGGACCUGACGCCAACCUCAAGCCCCAACCCAGACCGCAAGGUGGCAGACACAAGGCGGGAGCAAGGGACAGGGCCUCUGCCUGGCAGCUGGUCAUACCACAACAACCAGGGGGAGCAGAACAGAAAGGACCAGCUGACCGUCACCGGCGGCAACAAGGUAACCGUGGUAAUGAGUAAAAGCUCUGACCGACUGUCACCUAUGAUGAAGGAGACGCGAUCCAAGUUUAAGAAAUCCCAGAGCAUCGAUGAGAUCGACAUAGGCUCCUAUAAAGUAUACAGUAUUCCUAUGGACACCUACAGUUCCUCCAUUGAGCAGCAGAGCAGUUUGGACCGACAAGAGCUGCCAGGUUCCAUGGAGCAGACCAACAUGGCUCGGUCCCAGUCUGCACCUAUGCUCGAUGAGGAACUUGCAUUCCAUGCACAUAGCAACCAGAACCAGCAGGGGCAUAACCAGAAACCCGCGGUCCCACACAAGGCCUACCACUUUGACCAAAACUAUAACCCCCAGGUGACAAUGGAUCGCCGGGCCCCUCCCCCUUUCCCCAACACACCAGAUUAUGUUAACCACUCAUCAAAAGCGUUGGAGUAUAUCAAUCAACCUGGAAAGACAUUACCCAAGGAGUUGGUGAGCCCUCGGUACCGCGCUUACCCACCCCUGGAGAUGUUCUCUUUCCCCCAAUCGCCAAUCAAUCAGGAUGGUUCCACCAGCCAGCAGCAGCAGCAGCAGCACCCAAUCCCAUCGCAGCGUUCCAGGCCAGGGUUUUUGAGGAGAGCAGACUCACUGGUUAGCUCAACCGAACUCGCUUUGUUCCGUCGAGUUCACGAAGCCCAGCAGGAGGCUCUGCAGGAAGCUCAGUAUAGACAGCAGGGGGACCCUCCUUUAUAUAGUCGUGCUCUUGCUUACUCCAGCCCUAUGGAUCAUUCUUCCAACAUGGUGGACAGCCAUAGUCAAAUGAUGCACAACAAGAGAAAUGGCCGGUAUGACGACGAUUACACAGACUACCAGGAACAGAAGAAGCCAAUGAUCGGUUACCCGACUAAAAGCUUGACUCAACGUCGCCCCCUGUCAGCAAGAAGUUACAGCACCGAGACCUACGGAGCAUCUCAGGCACGUCCGGUGUCAGCUCGUCCCACUAUGGCCGCUCUGCUGGAGAAGAUGCCUCCCGACUACACUCUGGCAACCUGCCCAGAGAAGCCUUUAGAUGACACCAUCAAAGUAAGACCUGUGGUACCGCAGAAGCCUGAAGACAUCACGUCCAAGAUGCCUGCAGAUUGGAGACAACAGCUGCUCAGGCACAUAGAGGCCAAGCGCCUGGACAGGAGUGGUGUCCUAAAGCACAAUACUCUCACGCUGGGCAUGCUCUGUCAGGGCGGGGGUCACGGCCAGGGGCGCAGCGGCACUUUGAACUUUAACGUUUACAAUAACACUAAGCAUGAGCCCCCUGCUGGCCGCUGGCUGCCACUACCACCUCCUCCAUCUGCUAUUGCUACCCCCUCUCAGCAAGCUGCCAUGCUGGAUAAUGACCAAGAGGGUGUGUCAGGGAGCAAUCAGUGGGUUCCUUACUCACUUGGCAGGAGGGACGUCCCACCCGACAACCUCAUGAAGAAGGCCAGUCACUCCCACAACCCUUCGCAUCAGUCACACAAUACCAUGAUCGUCACUUCUUCGUCCUCUUCCUCGGCCACGACCCCUCAUCGCAUGGUUGGCCAACAGGGUUAUGAUGGCGGGAUGAUGAACAAGGGGAGCCAAUACCAGCCAGGAAUGCCAUUAUCGGUCGUUCCAUCUGGAGGGCAGUAUCAAGGCAACAUGUCUCAAGCCCAUAACACCACUGGCCAGGUCUACCAAAGUACUGGCCUGCCCAUGGCCUUGUCGUCAUCCGGGAACCAACCUCAGUACAACCCACAUAUGUCUCACACGUCCCACCAGCCACAGCUCCCACACAACAACCCCCAGUACCACAGUAACCAGGGAAUGGUCCACAGCAACCAGGUUGUUGUGACCACUCACACCAACCCACGGCCUCAGAGCGCCCGCUGCCUUCUGCAGACUAAAGGCCAGAAGAGCACCGAUGGUUUCCAGGAACAGUUAUGUGUGAGAAUAGAGAAGAACCCCGGUCUUGGUUUUAGUAUCUCUGGUGGCAUCAGCGGCCAGGGGAACCCCUUCAAACCCUCCGACAUGGGUAUCUUUGUUACUAGGGUACAGCAUGACGGGCCCGCCGCAACCGCUCUGAAGCCUGGAGACAAGAUAAUGCAGCAUGUGUGUAGCUCCUCCACUUUUCUCUCUUUUCCCCAACAGUGAUGUGUUACUGAGCUAAUGAUGGCAGUGAACCUCCAUCCUUCCACACAAAAAAAGCACUGCAACGUACAUAUCUAUAGAUGCAUGCGCACACACAUGCUGCUGACUGUGCUGCGUGUUUGCCUUGCAGGCUAAUGGACAUAAUUUUUUACACAUGGAGCACGAGACAGCCGUCUCUCUGCUGAAGAGUUUCCAAAGGACGGUGGACUUGGUGGUUCUGAGAGACAGCAGCGCUCCCUAGAAAUACCUUUAUGACAAUAAACAAACAUCACUUCUGUGCUAGUCACCAUCACUCACCACCCCACCUGUUCUCUGCUGGAGGCUGGUGGAACUGAAAAAAAAUUAGCCUCCUUUUUAUUAAAAAAAAAAAAAAAAAAAAAAAAAAAAAAACUUUUUAGGGGAAUGCAGACUUUUUUGUGUGUGCCUAUUGCUGGAUCAUAGGCAAAUACUCGUGCCAAAUGUAACAUAGGAAACAUAUCCGUCUACUGGCGAGGGAUCUGAUUAACAGCCUAAAGGACCCCAAAGGACUACAGUAUACAACUUAAGUUACCACAGGGCUGCUCCAGUUUAAUUUUGUGUUUGAGUUGUUAUUUAGACAUCUAAUCUAAAUGUAUGCAGUCUUUUUUGUUUGGUUGGUUUGGUAUCUAGAAAUGGAGUAUGAUGAGCUUUUGUUUUAUGACCUUUUCUUGGUAUUUGUUUGAAUUCCUUUAAACACCUACUUCUAUGUUCUUCAAUGUCUUUUUGCUUAGAGUACCGUAAUCUGAUUUACUCCCCCGGUUUGAUUUCUAUUAUAAUGUUGUUCUGACAUCUGCUUCUAGUGUACAGAAAUGAACAUUUAAAACAAAACAACAAACUUCUGCCUUGUGUACAUACAUUGAGCUGCAGCUUUCCAGAGCUGCCCUAGGGGCCUAAACAAGUUAUUGUUUUUGAAACCAUAAAUUCAGUUUUGUCUUGUGAAUACACCCUAAACACAUUUCUUUUCUAUGGGUUGAAUAAGCGUUUUUAGUUCAAGCCAUCGUCACUACUGUUUACAUUGUGUUCAGCAAACUGCCUGCUUACAGCUGUGCUACAAAAAGAGCGAAAGCAAUAUUGAUAUUUUGAAGCUGCUGUCUAUUGAGCUUUGCAGCCGAGUCUAACGUGUCCUAUAGUGCCAUCUAAUGAGAAACUCAUGCUCAUGUUUACACGGUCACAUAACAUACUGUAUAUGCAAUGCUGCCCUCCACACAUGUGUAAGGGGAUUUUGGAAUCCUGAUCUUAGACUCUCCCAAACACAUAUGCACUCUGUAAUAUUAUCCAUAAUGUUUGUUUACAGCGUUUGUGUUGUAUUAUAAACACACAGAAUGCAAUCAUUUCACUGUUCAUUUUGGACAGAGAGAGUCAUGGAGUUGGGACACACUGCAGAUAUAUGGUGAGGAUGAUGUUCUAUAUUUGGUCCAAAAUGAAGCCUUUCAUCCUCCCAAGUGAUAUUUACACAAGCCCAAAAUACCAGAACUUACAUUUUUGCAGCCCACAUCUGGUCUGGCAGCAGUGCCAGCAAAUGAGUAGCCGAAAAAAACCAAGACUCUGUUCUGCUUAAAGACCCAGUAUGCAGGAUUUCAAGGGAUUUAUCUGAAUAACCAUAACAAAUUAUUCAGUGUUAUUGUUGUUUUUGUGACUAUUUGAUGAGAAGCUCUUUAAAACAGAUUACAACUAAUUACAAACCCCGUUUCCAUAUGAGUUGGGAAAUUGUGUUAGAUGUAAAUAUAAACGGAAUACAAUGAUUUGCAAAUCCUUUUCAACCCAUAUUCAGCUGAAUGCACUACAAAGACAAGAUAUUUGAUGUUCAAACUCGUUUUUUUUUGCAAAUAAUAAUUAAUUUAGAAUUUCAUGGCUGCAACACGUGCCAAAGUAGUUGGGAAAGGGCAUGUUCACCACUGUGUUACAUGGCCUUUCCUUUUAACAACACUCAGUAAACGUUUAGGAACUGAGGAGACACAUUUUUUAAGCUUCUCAGGUGGAAUUCUUUCCCAUUCUUGCUUGAUGUACAGCUUAAGUUGUUCAACAAUCCGGGGGUCUCCGUUGUGGUAUUUUAGGCUUCAUAAUGCACCACACAUUUUCAAUGGGAGACAGAUCUGGACUACAGGCAGGCCAGUCUAGUACCCACACUAUUUUACUAUGAAAUAAGCAGGGGCGUCCAUGGUAACGUUGCUUGGAUGGGAACAUAUGUUGCUCCAAAACCUGUAUGUACCUUUCAGCAUUAAUGGCGCCUUUACAGAUGUGUAAGUUACCCAUGCCUUGGGCACUAAUACACCCCCAUACCAUCACAGAUGCUGGCUUUUCAUCUUUGCGCCUAUAACAAUCCGGAUGGUUCUUUUCCUCUUUGGUCCGGAGGACACUACGUCCACAGUUUCCAAAAACAAUUUGAAAUGUGGACUCGUCAGACCACAGAACACUUUUCCACUUUGUAUCAGUCCAUCUUAGAUGAGCUCAGGCCCAGCGAAGCCGACGGCGUUUCUGGGUGUUGUUGAUGAACGGUUUUCGCCUUGCAUUGGACAGUUUUAACUUGCACUUACAGAUGUAGCGACCAACUGUAGUUACUGACAGUGGGUUUCUGAAGUGUUCCUGAGCCCAUGUGGUGAUAUCCUUUACACACUGAUGUCGCUUGUUGAUGCAGUACCGCCUGAGGGAUCGAAGGUCACGGGCUUAGCUGCUUAUGUGCAGUGAUUUCUCCAUAUUCUCUGAACCCUUUGAUGAUAUUACGGACCGUAGAUGGUGAAAUCCCUAAAUUCCUUGCAAUAGCUGGUUGAGAAAAGUUUUUCUUAAACUGUUCAACAAUUUGCUCACGCAUUUGUUGACAAAGUGGUGACCCUCGCCCCAUCCUUGUUUGUGAAAGACAGAGCAUUUCAUGGAAUCUACUUUUAUACCCAAUCAUGGCACCCACCUGUUCCCAAUUAGCCUGCACACCUGUGGGAUGUUCUAAAUAAGUGUUUGAUGAGCAUCCCUCAACUUUAUCAGUAUUUAUUGCCACCUUUCCCAACUUCUUUGUCACGUGUUGCUGGCAUCAAAUUAUAAAGUUAAUGAUUAUUUGCAAAAAAAAAAAUGUUUAUCAGUUUGAACAUCAAAUAUGUUGUCUUGUAGCAUAUUCAACUGAAUAUGGGUUGAAAAGGAUUUGCAAAUCAUUGUAUUCCGUUUAUAUUUACAUCAAACACAAUUUCCCAACUCAUAUGGAAACGGGGUUUGUACAUACUGUAAGUGAAUAUUCUCAUUUAUCCAGGUAGUUGUACUCUGAGGGCAUUGAAUGUAUUGCAAUUGGACUGUUCAUGUUUUCUCAGAUGACAUCUUGGCUGAGAGGAUGGUGCAGGGUCCAAGUAUUUAACCUCUAAGGUGGAGGCCCCCAUAAACAAAACCAUCACCUUAAAAGAGUGAAACCAUUCUUUGUUGGGAAGGGAGGAAUACAUACUUGGAUCCUGCACCAUCCCCUCAGACUAGAACUGCCGUAUCCAAUCUUUGAUUAUGAAAUGACAGAGCCUGCUCUAAUGAGAGCUGAAACGUCUUCUUAAACAAUCUAAACCAGGGGUGUCAAACGCAUUGUAGUUCGGGGGCCACAUGGAGAAAAAUCUAUUCCCAAGUGGGCCGGACUGGUAAAAUUACGGCACGAUAACUUAAAAAUAAAGACAACUUCAGAUUGUUUUCUUUGUUUAAAAAUAAAACAAGCACAUUCUGAAAUUGUACAAAUCAUAAUGUUGUUGUUGUUGUUUUUACACUUACAUGUUGCGGUUAAUAGUUUUCUCUCUUUAUCGUUAUUUAUAUUUUCUGAAGAAAUUAUGUGAUAAUGUUCAUCAGUCAACUCAUUGGUUGUAAUUUUCAAUAUAUCAAGAUAUCUGAUCUAAACACUCCAGUUGCGAUUGGUUCAAUGUCCCGAGUGAGUGUUAAAUACACAUUUGAUGGUCAUAUAAAUGCAUCAACUGCAUAGCACACAUUUCAUGCAUGUCAAGACAUUGUUGUCUAUGAAUUGCAUCAAGUCAGGCCCCACACACCCCACCGCAAAAUGUGUCAAUGAUGUUUCACCAAAUUGUACAGUUAAAAUUAAUUGGCUGUGACCACAGCUUCCAACUCAAGCUAAUUUAAAAUCUAAAAAUGUGAAAGGUAUUAUGAUGCGAAGAAAGAAAAAGUUUGAUAAUAUAAUUAUUUUACUACGUUUCAGGUAAUUAUUUAUAAAUAUAUUGCUAUACCUUGCGUUGCUCAAAGGUUGUGAUAUUUUAUAAUGACUCUUAUAAUAUUGUGAUAGAUGAAGGUACGCACAGUUUGACUUGGGAACCUAAACAUGUACCAUCUAAAACUGUACAAAAUGUAUUUCUAUUGUAAUUGUAAUUUGUGUUAUACAAAUAUAUUAUAAAUAUAUAUAUAUACAUAUAUAUAUAUGUAUAUGGUUAUAAAGAAAAUCAUUUUUUUAUGUGAUAAGCUACCAUAAGAGCUGAGACAGUUUCACUGUACAAUAGCUGUGAAAGAACUUCGAUUUCAAACGACUCCUACUAAUUGUGAAUGUACCCAUGCUUUCUGCAGUAUACACUUACUCAACUUGAAUGCUGCUUCUUCUGUUGUGUGACAAAGUACUUUUACCUCCAAUGAGAGACGCGCUCUUCAAGUUGGACAAUUUUCAGUGACAGUUUACAGCACUAUUUUGUUUUGUUUAUUUAUGUAUUUAUUUAUUUGCAAAUGCAAGUUAAAAUCCUUCCAGUUUUAAUUUUGAAUAUUUAUGAAAAGAAAUGUAACUGCCGAAGUAUAUAUAAUAUAUAUCAUGUGUUUAGAAUGCAUUUUGCAGAUGCUGUCUGUACAUACUAUUUAAGAUACAGUUUUUACCAAAAAAAAUAAAUAUAUGUAUAAAAUUUAAAAAAUGCUGUGCAGCAAUUAUACGGAAGCCAUUUUCGGCUUUGGGACUUACAAUUUUUUCAGUAUAUAAGAAGUGUUUUGAAUAAUGUAUUAAAGUCUCUAUUGUACAAAUAAUAAAAAUGUCACUAUUGGUAAUCAAA